AUGCUGGUGUCGCUGUGGCAUUUCCUCAACGGGAACUUGAAAGCGGAGGACCAGUUCCCGCUGGAGAGAGCGGUGGAGACCUUCUGCAGCGGGGUUAUGCCUUUCGGGCCUUUCUACGAGCACGUGGUGGGAUACUGGGAGGAGAGCAAGAGGCGGCCCAGGGAGGUGUUGUUUCUCAAGUACGAGGACCUGUGCAGGAACCCCCAAGAGCAGGUGAGGAAGCUGGCUUUGUUUCUUGGCAGGGAAAAAGGGAUCGAUGUGGAGAAGGUACUGUGGCGGAGCAGUUUGAACAGGCUCAAGGAGCUGGAGGUUAACAAGAAUGAUGUCUGUGCUGUUGCCCCGCACAUUCCGAAUUCCAUCUUUUUCAGGACGGGAACUGUCGGAGAUUGGAAGAACUGCUUGACUCCAGACAUGGCUCAACGUAUCGAUAGCCUCGCUCGAGUUAAGCUACAGGGGACUGGACUUUCUUUUGAUGACGAGUAG